GUAUACGGGAAUAUGAAUGAGAUAAGGGAUGAGUUUUAGGGAAUACUUUUAGUAACGGUCUUGUGAUCAGAAAUCUUUUCUCUGAGUAAAAAUUCUUUUUAGAUACGAGCUCAAGAUGAAACUUACCGAGAUGCCAAAACAAUAACAUCAAAAUUUAUGAGACACCAAGCAUUCCAAGCAGAACUACAAGCAAACAAAGCUCGUUUAGAACAAUUACAUCAUGCUGCGGAACAUUUGGCAGAAGAAAAGCCUGAAUUUACUGGAAUAAUAGAUCCACAAAUGGUUGAAUUAGAACAACAAUGGGAACAAUUAGAAAAGACUACAGAAGAGAAGGGACAACGAUUAUUUGAUGCCAAUCGACAACAACUUUAUGUUCAAAGUAUUGGAGAAGUUCAGGACUGGGCUCAACAACUUGAACAACAAAUUGUCAGCCCUGAAGCUGCGCCACCUCAGGAUCGUAUAACUGUAGAUGUUGCUAUGCAAAGGCAGAAGGAGUUGGAGCAAGAAAUGUCUAAGAACGUACAACAUUUGGAUUCUCUACAAGAAAUGGAACAAAAAUUGGAAGAAAUGCAGCCUGAACAAAUCGAACAAAUCCGUGCCCAUCGCAUUGCAAUUACCGAACAAUUACAAAGACUUCAAGCGCCAUUGGAUGAACGUCGUCGCAAUUUAGAACGUAAAAAAGCCGCUUUCCAAUUUAUGCGCGAUGUUGAAGACGAGAAACUUUGGGUAGCAGAGAGAAUGCCUAUAGCUGAAUCUUUAGCUAUUGGAGAUUCCUUAUUUGAUUGUAAUAGACUACAAAAGAAUACUCAAUCGUUAAGAAAUGAAGUAGACAACCAUGAACCUUGGAUUAACCAAAUACGUUCAAAUGGACAAAAAUUAAUUGAAGAAGGGCAUGAGGAUGCUGAUAAAUUUGUUGAAAAAUUAAAAGAAUUAGAUAAUACUUGGGAAGGAUUAAAAAAUGUUAUUGAAGAAAGAAAACAAAGAUUAAAAGAUGCUGAACGUGCUCAUCAAUAUCUUUAUGAUUGUGCCGAAGCUGAAGCUUGGAUGAGUGAACAGGAAUUGUAUAUGAUGCAGGAUGAGAGGGGAAAAGACGAAUUCAGCACUCAAAACCAAAUAAAACGCCAUGAACGUCUUCAACAAGAGAUUGGCCAAUUUGCCACAAUAAUUAAAGAAUUAGCUUCUCGUGCCAAAAAUUUAAUUGACGAAGAAAGUCCUCUCAGUGAACAAAUUCAAUUAAGACAAUCGCAAAUUGAAAAAUUAUAUGCUGGCUUGCAAGAUUUAAGUAAAGAAAGGCGCAAAAGAUUGGAUGAAACUCUUCAACUUUAUGAUUUACAUAGAGAAAUUGAUGAUCUUUUACAAUGGAUUGCUGAUAAAGAGGCAAAUUUUUAUUCAUAA